AUGAAAUCAGACGCGUACGGUAAAAUUUUCCUUUGGCCACCUCUUUUCGUUACUUAUGCUCCCAUCCUUUUCCUUUUGAUGGCGAUGCUGUGUUGCAGAAUUCCACUGGAUCGUGUCAGCCGCUGGGUUACCACAAAUGCAUUUUCCGAUAUAUUCAAGGAGAAGAAGAGGAAGACUUGUUGUCCUAGAGAAACAAAGUGGCUGUUUAAAGACAUUGAUAUGACAGAUGAUGAGGAAUUAUUAUCCAAGGUCCGAACCAGAUUUUUGAUGCUGUUUUAUGUGAUGUUUGGCUUAGUGCUGACAAUUUUUUGGCAGCUGCUUGUGCCAGGAUGUAAGUUACGACUGCGAUGA